UCGGUGCGGGCGGGGUGCGGUGAGCGGGGCCGGGCCUCGCAGGUGUCCGCGGGGCUGCGGUUGGGGCCGGGUCGGUGCUGAGCCGGGCGGCCUCAAGGUCACUGCUGCCGUGUUCCGGCCGCCCCGGUGCGAGAGAACCGGUGUAGGGCAGUUACCUGCCGUUCGAGGGAGAGGCUCCGAGCCGGGCUGGUUGAGCGCUAUAUAGAAAGCAAAACCCAUGCUGUGCUGUCUGCUUGACUUCCGUACUGAUCUUUCUUCUCUGUAUAUGCUACAACUGUGUGCUUUCGGAGCAUCUGCCUGCAGCUGCUAAGCAUAUAGCCGAGUGCACCUCAUGUAUACUUCUUAGCUCCGUUUGUAACCUUUCUGAGUCAUCAUUUGAGCAGUACGCUGCGUUAUAGAAGAUGCACUAUUACCGAUAUUCUAAUGCAGAAGUCAGCUGCUGGUACAAAUAUCUGCUCUUCAGCUACAACAUUGUCUUCUGGCUAGCUGGCAUGGCAUUCCUUGCAGCUGGACUGUGGGCAUGGAGUGAAAAGGGUGUGUUAUCUGACCUAACGAAGGUGACUGGUCUUCAUGGUCUUGAUCCAGUGGUGCUUGUCUUAGUCGUGGGAGUCGUGAUGUUUACUUUGGGAUUUGCUGGUUGUGUGGGAGCCUUGAGAGAAAACAUCUGCCUGCUGAAAUUUUUCUGUGGAACAAUCGUGUUCAUAUUUCUGUUGGAGCUGGCAGUGGCAGUUCUGGCUGUCUUGUUCCAGGACUGGGUGAGGGACAAAGUCAAGGAGUUCUUUGAGAAUAACAUUAAGUCCUACCGAGAUGAUAUUGACCUCCAGAACCUCAUUGAUUCGCUACAGAAAAUUAACCACUGCUGUGGUGCCCAAGGUCCGGAUGACUGGGAUUUCAACAUAUACUUCAACUGCAGCAGUGAAAGCAAAAGUCGUGAAAAAUGUGGUGUUCCAUUCUCCUGUUGUAUACCCGAUCCUGCUCAAAAAGUUGUGAAUACACAGUGUGGCUAUGAUGUCAGAAAAAAGAGCAAGAGUCAGUGGGAUGAUCAGAUUUUCAUCAAAGGUUGUAUUGUUGCUCUGGAAGCUUGGUUGCCCCGGAAUAUCUACGUUGUUGCAGGUGUCUUCAUAGCUAUCUCACUGCUACAGAUUUUUGGAAUUUUCCUAGCCAGGACAUUGAUUUCUGAUAUUGAAGCUGUAAAGGCAGGCAAUGCCUUCUGAAUAUAAAAUCAAACGUGUGUUGCAAAAAGUAUGUCUUACUAUUCUUGAUCAGACAUGAAAGUGGAAAGAAAUGCGCAGACCAUGAAAUACUCCUGGUAUUGAAUGCCUUAUGUGGAUCUUACCUGCUCAUGAGUUUUGCUACAAGCUGGUACAAAAAAGAAUCUCCAGCGCAUCUGUCUGCCUUUUUUCUAAUGAGACACCUCAGUGCGUCAGAAUUGAACUCUGAUGAGGAAGAAAUGGAGUUUCCCAAGCUGGCAGAACUGAUUUUAAAUGUGUAGGAAGGAGAAAUGAAGCUCCUUCCGUGAAGAAUGACAACGAAGAUCAUUCUGAUUUUACUCCGAACUGUCAUCACUUUCAGUGUUGUAAUCUCUUCAGAAGGCCUACUGAUCUCUUAAGGAUAUUGAGGCUAUUUUAAUCUCUACAGCAGACUCAUGCGGUCAGCUGGGCAAGAUGACCAAUGACUCUAAUCAUCAUGGCAUUGGAAACUGAACAACAUGUGAUGAAUUUUCUAGUUCUUUUGUUCUCGGUUGUGCAGAAAUAGGUGAUAUUUAUGUUUGACUGAGAAUGAUGUAGAAGUCUGAGAAGCAGAAACUUGUGCUCAGCAUCGGAUAGCUUGAGUAACCCAAGCAGUUAUGAAAAUGCAUGAGGGGAAAAGUUUGACUCGAUAGCAUUAUAUGUUAGCAAUCUCCAUUUCAGUCAAGGGAAUGUGAAUCCCUAAUGACGUUUCCUGUCUGGAAAAAAUGUAAAUAGUCUUUAUUUAUAGAAAAAGAAAAAGAAAAAAAAAAAAACACUCUUUAAAAAUGUGUAGCUUUUUAUUGUUCAGUGCUAUUUUUUAAGCGCUGCCCACAGAAAUUGGCGAGUGCUGUUUGUUCCAGUAGUUAGCAGGCAUGCUAAUGCUAGCUUUGGAUUUGCUUUCCUUUCUUCUGGUUUCUUUCACAUUUGCUUUGCUGAUCAUUAGAAGCCCUUUAUUGCUAGUAUUGAAGUUGAUGAAAACAUUCAGAUUCAGCAUUAAUCACUACUGAAGUCUGUUUGUUUUUUUUUUAAAUCAGAAAGUAUGCAUUUAGAAGAACACUAGCUUUUGAAUUUUUUUAUGAAUCUUCUAUGAAGUUACUAAAUCAUCAAUUCUGUUGGUAUUCUAAUACAUGGUUCAAAGGCCAAUCACAGUGUGCUGGCAAGAACCAUUUCUUCACAGAUUUUUGUUAUGAUAUCAAAUUUAAUUAUUUCUGCUUGAGCAACUUCUGUGGGUUUUUAUUGUUUUUGCUUUUACCAGAAGAAACCUGAACUCUUCUUACCAUCCUUUUUUCCUGGUGGUUGAUCUGGAGCUCAGUAAGAUGCCCAGUGUUCUCUGAAAGUCUUUGGAUUAGGACUGCAGUGGCUGCAAAAGCGCGGCCAUGCCUGGCGUGCUAUUUUAAUCUAUCAAAGAUGGAUGUAUAUGGAUGGAAACUUCUAGGAGGUAGUUGUUGGUUUUACAGUAGGCUGUCUAACUGUUAUUGUUUACUGCUUCCAGUGGCACCCAUUUUUUCAGGGAGAGCAGGUUGUUGUGUGUUUGUUUUUGUUUUUUUUUACAGUGCCUGAGAGUGUAAAUUUUAGAGAAGUAUAUAUUUUUCUAAUGACUUUUUAUUACGUGCAGUCUGUGUGAAGGACUUGAUUGUUGUAUUUCCAAAGUACAUGGCCUUCUAAGGAAACCAGACUCCUAAAUCUUUCAUUUCCAUUUUCGUAUUGUGCAUGUGUUAAUGAAUGUUUUACUGGCAGAAGCUGACUUGCAGUAAGAAGCUUUGUGUCAGUUGUCCAGAUGUCCUUCUAGCUCUUCAGCCCAUGAAACACUUCACAGGCAAUGCUGUGCUUCUCAUGUGUAUUUCAGUGCAGCUUUGUUAGUUCUUUUUCCAGCCAGUGAUUGAGACAGAAGAAGAAAAGGAAGCUUGUCUAAGGAUGGCUGAUUUCCUUAGUACAGAGAACAGUCCACCAUUAUUCGUCUGAAAAACCUGAAAGUAAAAUCUGUUCAAGUGCACCGUGAUACUUUUUUAGCUUCCUUAUGCAACAAGGGAAAAAUAGCAGUAGAUCAAUGAAGGCAGAUGAAGCAAGAUGCAUUUCUUCUGCAGAGCCUUGAAAUUGUGGUCUUUAUUACCCGUUUGUUGAGUGUAAUUCAUUAGGAGCAGCCAAAUGUUUGCUGCAUUUACUGCCUCUUUGCAAGCAUCAAAGCAGUGUUCAGUACCCUUUGCUUUUAACUCUGGUGCUCAAAACUAUUACAACACCUUGUCAACCAGCUUGCUUUAUUCUGUGUAAUAAUCUGAUGUAUGUAAAAUCAGAGAAGGAUCCUUCCUGUUGUAGCUUUCUGUUUGUAAACAUCGUGUUGAAAAUGGAGUCAUGGGAGUACAUUUCACUUGGUCAUUUUUUGGAUACAAAGCACAUAGCGCUGGGAGGUUGUUUCAAGAGUUCACUGUGUCUUCAGUGAGAUCAGAAUGGAGUUCAUGCACUGAAGUUAGCUGCUACCAAGGGCCUGCACCAUCAAUCAGAAUCUCCCUGUCUGCAUAUCUUGCCAAGAUGCCUGAAGACAAAUGGAUACUUGGCUUCUUUUGGUUCUUCAGUUUUUGGGUUUGUAUCAGUGUUGUCCUAACACAGUUUGUACAUAGUGGCCUUGGCCAUGUUAACACCAGCUUUGUAUCAUUACUCUUCGGGAUCUUUAGAACUGAAUUCAGGAGGGCAAGUUCAGUCAAUGUAUCUGAGGCUCUUUACGUUCAUGAACACUUCUUUUUUCACAGUGGAUAGACUUCUCUGCAUUUAUGGAGUAAAAUUUUUACAAUCCCGUGGCUGUAGGCUGUUUUACGUUCUAAGCGAUUUGAAGUACACCCUUUGGUGGUGGUACAUGUGGCUACUGUAAUUUCAGACUUGGAAUACUUUCUUACCAUUUUGUACUUAAAAGUUUUAUUUAGCACCUUUUAUAUGGACCCACAGUGACUUCAUGCCUAACAGUUGAGUUUAUGGUUCAAACAAGUCUUGUCAGAAUAAGAAGUUGGGUGUGAGCCUGCUUUGAAUCCCUGGAGGAGAAGCAAAUCAACAGUUUGGCAAGAAGAGGUUUGAUAAAUUGUCGAUGUUGAGAUUUUAUUGGUUGCAUUUGGAACGACUCCACAAACACUACAACAAAAACAAGGUAUUUAAUGAAGGCUUCACAUACGAGAUCAGACUUGUACAACUGGACUGAGCAAAGGGAACUUUUCAAUGUGUGAUCACUUUUAUUUAUCAGAAAUGAGCACAGUAUGUUUCUGUGAAGCAAUGUAUUUAUUUCUCAAUUUGUUCUGACAGUGCAAAUGCUCUUGUUUCUUAUGUGUGUUUGAACGCAGUUGGUUUGUGUACAAAAAGGAGGAUGAAUACGAGCACAGAUAAGAGUGCAGUGACCGAGAGAGCUUCGGUCACCUCUUCAAAGUCUGAACAUUACUUUCCAAGGGGUCUUUAUUUCUAUUAACUCUUGUGCAGUGCCACGUGGAUAGAUUUGUACAUCAAGUACAUUGAGGUUCAUGUGGCACUUGGUUUAUAAAUAGCAUUGCCUUGCUUUUUGUCUCUCCAUUCUACCCUUUCCUCUUCAUUCCCAUAAUGCCUAUGGGUUUUCUUGCAGCUUGAAUGUUUAUCCCGUGGAAGGAGAGGUUCUGUCUCUUCUGAGAUGGCUUUUCUGAGUGACUUUUGGUAUAUAUAAAUAUUAUUUUUUCCUCAAGCCUUACAUUUGAUUAAAUAAAAUAAAUGUUUUGUACUGCUGGAA